AUGAAUCAAAAUCCCCAAUCGGUCUUCCUAGUUCGUGACUCAAAAUGUCAUCAAGAUUUAGGUGUUUUGCUUAUUUUAGUCGUACGCGCUUGCGCUUUCCGAUGUAACUUCCUUACAAAGAUGACGUGUGAACGAUUUUUUAAAAAAAAAUGUGACUUCUUGCAACACUUUCAACUAUGCGUCACGACAUCACGUGAUUUGCUCCUCGAGGGGACUUUUAGUUGUUUGUGUUACGAAACCGCUAAAGUGUUGAAAUGCGCGGAAACUGCAAAAGAACAGCAAGCGGCCACUUUGUUGCCUUCCAGUCCUGCACCCCAAAAAAGAUCGAACGGAGUCUUGAGGUGGUGUUUUCCCCGCGUGACUAUUAGCGCUUCUCUUCUCCCGAACGACCGCGACCCUCCCCGAGAACAAAAAAGAAACAGUUUCCUCGUACAUUCUCAACGCAGCCGUCCGUCUACGAGACAAGGAUUCCUCACGAUGGACGUGUCCCAGACAAUCGAGACAGAAGAAGAUUUGCUGACACGUCUCCGCAUCAGCUUCUACCAUCCACAGCAGAACUGCAAACCUCUGUACGGCCUGCUUCCGUUGGGCGUCAGGAGAAAACAUUUGGCAGAGGAGUCUCUGCGCUUGGGACGGGACGCCCAGUCGUGCGUCUUCGCGCUGGCCGACCCCCGGGUGUCCCGCAGGCAACUGGCCCUGCAUGCGUACCGCCAGGCCGGGAACCCCGAGCUCCUGUUCAGCCUCCAGAACCUGUCCCAGACGGUCAAGGUGACCGUGAACGGCUCAGUCCUGGACUUCUUGGAGAGGGCGGACCUCCCCGACAAGGCCCUGAUCCGCUUCGCGGAGUACGAGGUGCUGGUCGUCAAGGAGACCGGAGAGGCCAGGCGCAGGUUCGAGGUGGAGCUGGAGGUGCUGCCCGUGUCUCCUUUCAGGGACUCGGCCUCGCAUCUGACGCAAGUGGAGGUUGGGCUCCCCGCGGAGAGCGACGAGACGCCGUUUCUGUCAACUUCCGAUCCGCGAAAAUCUGCCGAGAAUGCUGACGGAGGCGUAGGGACGUCGGGUGUUCAUCAACCCAACAGACUCUAGAAUGCUGACCCGAUACCGCAUUCCCGUUUGGGCCACAGUCAAGUCACAAACAAUUGGGACUUGAAAUUUCAACGCCAAGUCCCGGCCGGCUUUGCCCCCCCCCCCAAAAAAAACAAACAGAGGACCAGGACGCAGGGCAACCGUACAAAAACAACUUUAUUAAAGUUUAAAAUGUCCA